GCCCUGCUCCUUCAGUAAACAAGACUGAAAGCACCGGGAAGUCGCGCAGUAUGCCUGCAGUCACAAGUAAUAACACGGAUUCCUCCACCCCAAAUAAACUGAGCAAACAACGGACACACUAUCGCAUCGACGAAGCGCUCUUCGACGACGACGAGCAGGUGAACCACAUCCGUGGUUCGCGCAUCGCGUACACGACCUUCCAAGGGCUGCCAUCCAUGCAGCGCCAGGUGCUUCCUUCUCUGCAGCUGUCGCCCGCUCAGCUGUUUCUGGUCGCCCACUGCGCCUUCAGCUGCACGCGAACAAGCCCGGAAGAUACGGACGCGCAAAAACCGACCGAUAGAUCCUGCAUGGUGAUUUUCGUUCACUCGCGAGGACUGGCACCCAUGGCGUGCGGACACGGAACAGACCAGGCGUUCGGGCCAUGCACGUACGCCUGAGGAGCUUGCGUACACAUUUGCUGCGUGGUACCAUUAAAACCUGAACAUAUCAAGUUUGCGCAAAUUUUACAGCGUUUCGAGCAAUAACACGUGACGAUGCAUUUUAUUAUGCGAAGUGGUACAUACAGGAGGUGUACGAAAAUAUACAAGAUGGAUAAAGUA